AUGGAGUCUCCCACUGGGCCCAUCCUAGAUGAGGCCCAAUAUCGCCAAGAGGUCCUUGGUCUCCCCUCCGCAGAAUCCGAACAAGCGCAGGCGCAACAACUAGCCGACGAGGCGCAACAACUAGGACUCAAGAUCCCCGAGGUCGACCCAACCGCGCCACUAGUUACUUCCCUCGCCUCGGGAAUAGUCGAUCUCUCCUCGCCGGUCCUUUCCUCUGGAUCCUCCACCGAUCGAAAUUCACUGGGUGGCUCCGUUACUCCGUCCCACGAGCCGGUCUCACCCUCCGGUCCCGCGCUGGACCAAGUCGUCUCCGGCCUCUCAGAUGUCACUCUUGCCUCCCGCCGCUUCAAGCCCGGUAGUACGCGAUCGCUCGCUUCGAUGUCUACUCGCCCAACCUCGUUUUGCUCCAGUGAGGGGAGGGUGGCUCUUGCGGGGUAUGGAUAUACCAAUGAAAUGCCGGAGGCUACGUCGAAUCGCCACUCAAUGCUCAGUAUCGCUUCAGCGGAUAAGAAAGAGAAGCGUCGGAGCAGCUUCAAAUCUGCAAUUGGACGAAUCCAUUUUCGCAGGAAGCGUCCGUCUGCCACUCUUUUGUCUCCGGAUGCGCAGGUGAAUCCUUGGAACAGCGCCAAAGAAGCAGAUCACGUCUUUUUGCAACCGAUGUUAGAACCUGCUCAGCCUAUUCAGGAACACGCUGGUCCUGACCAGACUACUGCGCCGCCUCUCCCCAAGCUCGAAAUUCCAGUAUAUAGCAAAGAAUCUUUGCAAAGGAGCUUGGAUGAUCCUGAACUUGGUCAGAUGAACGAGCGUCAUCGGUUGGAAAGAGAUCGUUAUCUCGCUUUCCAAGAUGCUGCAUUUGGUAUCCUCCGUCGUCGGCACCAGACCGCUGUCUCCGAACGGCAGUCUCACAACGAGCGCCAGGAGGAGGAGAAGCGCGAGAAGAACAGCGAAGUCAUAAUCAGACUUGAGGAGCGGCAGCUCGCGGUAGAAAUCGAACAACAACGCGAAUUCGACCGUGCAAAGCUGAACUCUAGCACCCGCAUUAAACACAUGGAGGGAUACUUCCGGAACGCCAGUCCCCCGCCAUCACCCGCAGGAGGAUCGACAAGAGCCGAGCGAUCCUCCGAGUCAUUCUCCGAAACCGACUCGACUGCACCAGCCCGUGUAUUCACUCGUCAGCACAUGGAGCAGCUGGAGCAAGAGUACCACAGUCACGAAUCCAUGGAUCAACUUCACGACGCCCGCAUCAAAGUUCUGCGUGACCGGCAAGAACUCAAGAUGCAAGAAGCCAUGGUGCGCACGGAAAAGGAACUGGAUGACAUGUGUGACCGACACACGCAGGCUAUUGCUACCCUACAAACCGAACACCAGCAAGAAGAGGUAGCGCUCACGGAAGCUCUGGAUGGAAAGAAGAAAAAUUUACUCCAGCGUUGGUUCCUGGAAGAAGCUGUGUUACGUCGGCACCUUGAAGUCCGGAAUGGCCAAUCAUAUGGGCCUUUGCCUCUCAUUCCAUUCACGAGCUCGUCUGACAUGCCUGCUCAUGUUAUGGAGUCUGCUCCUCUUGAGUCAUCGCGUACCUCGGAUACAAUUCAGCCCAACCAUGAUUCUGUGCCGCUUUGA